AUGUCCCUUCCCGCUUUCCGAGGCGCCUCGCGUGCUCUCCGAUCCAUUUCGAGAUGCCCAUCGGCAAUACAGUACGGUGCUAGAAGAGCCCAGUCCUCUGCCGCUUUGGACGGCCAACAAAAGCUGCUGUCGGCCCAUCUCCAGCAUGCCGACCCGGCCGUGUUCGACAUUAUUGAGAAGACGCGACAGGAGAAAAACCGACAAAAGCACUUCAUCAACCUAAUCCCCUCCGAGAACUUCACGUCGCAAGCUGUGCUGGAUGCGCUAGGGAGUGUAAUGCAAAACAAGUACUCGGAAGGCUAUCCGGGCGCAAGGUACUACGCAGGCAAUGAGUUCAUUGACCAGGCCGAGCGGUUAUGCCAGCAGCGGGCGCUCGAGGCCUUUGGCCUGGACGAAAAGGAAUGGGGAGUCAAUGUUCAGCCUUUGUCUGGCGCGCCGGCGAACCUCUACGUCUACUCGGCCUUGAUGGACACCCACGAUCGACUCAUGGGUUUGGACCUGCCACACGGUGGUCACCUAUCCCACGGUUACCAGACACCGACCAAGAAGAUAUCGGCCGUUUCCAAGUACUUCGAGACCUUUCCUUACCGCCUGAACGAGGAGACCGGUCUCAUCGAUUAUGACAAGUUGGAGGAAACGGCACAACUCUACCGCCCCAAGAUUAUCGUGGCCGGCACAAGUGCCUACGGCCGGUUUAUCGACUACAAGCGGAUGAGAGAAACAUGUGACAAGGUCAACGCAUACUUGCUCGCCGACAUGGCCCAUAUAUCCGGCCUGGUAGCCGCCAAGGUCGUUCCCAGCCCUUUUACAUUUGCCGACAUCGUAACGACGACGAGCCACAAGAGUCUGCGAGGUCCUCGGGGCGCAAUGAUCUUCUUCAGAAAAGGCGUGAGAAAGGUCAACCCCAAAACAAAAGAGGAGAUCAAGUACAACCUGGAGGGCCCUAUCAAUGCCUCGGUGUUCCCGGGUCACCAGGGUGGUCCUCACAACCACACCAUCACGGCCCUGGCGGUCGCGCUGAAGCAGACGCAGACGCCCGAGUUCCGGGCAUACCAGGAGCAGGUCCUUGCCAACGCACAGGCUCUGGCGACACGGCUGGGCGAGUCCAAGAGCAACGGCGGUCUGGGCUACAAGCUGGUGAGCGGCGGGACGGACAACCACCUGGUGCUCGUGGACCUGAAGCCCCAGGCCGUGGAUGGGGCCCGCGUGGAGCGGGUCCUCGAGCUUGUCGGCGUGGCCAGCAACAAGAACACGGUGCCGGGCGACAAGUCGGCCAUGGUGCCGGGCGGGCUGCGGCUGGGAACGCCCGCGAUGACGACGCGGGACUUUUCGGCGGACGACUUUGUCCGGGUAGCCGAUAUCAUCGGGCGGGCGGUAACGAUUGCGGCGCGGGUGGACAAGGCGGCGCGCAAGGUGGCGGAGGAAAAGGGUGACAAGUACAAGCUCAAGUUCUACUUUGACUACCUGGGCAACGGUGAGGACGACGCCGAGAUCGUGCAGCUGCGCGCCGAGGUGGCGGACUGGGUGGGCACGUAUCCGUUGCCGUGGGACGAGAAGCUAUGA